CCAAAUGUGGACUGCAAAGAAGAAUGUGAUGACAGGAUCGAAGCAGAUGAGGAUGAUGGCCUAUUGGAAGCAAACAAUCACCCUACUACAGGCAACCAUCCUCCAUAAAGCAAUUCUGCUUAUGCUUUGACUACUACCAGAAUGCAGACUGAGCAAAGUUUCUACUAUGUCAAAGCAUGAAGUAACAUUUCCAGAAAUGUCAUGUCAAUGGUCAUAUUCCUUUUCAAAAGAGCAAAAUCUUUAGUUGUCUUCAAUUCUCUGGGCAGAGCAAGAGACAUCACAGCACCACUGUAGCUUCCCCCAAUACUGUGGCACUUCCAUGCAAUGCCAGGACUCAAACAUGGGCUGGAUUCAUGACAAGGCAUACACUCUACCCAGUGACAUAUUUCUCUGGUCCUCCUUUUACACUUUGAAAUAUCUUCCUGCUCUCAGAAUGAGGAAUGUUGUAUAAGAAGAAAUCAUUAUGAAAUCUAUGGAUGAGAACCUCCAUUCACCUGCACAGAAAAACUCCAAUCGUAAGGAAGAAAGAUAUGGUUGUUACCAAGAGCUUGUCGUCAAAUCAUUAAUGCACUUGGGACAAUUUGAAAAAAAUGUGUCUUUGCAAACCAACAGUGAAAACUUAAAUGACAGUGGCAUCCAGUCUCUCAAAGCAGAGAGUGAAGAAGCAGAUGAGUGCUUCAUGGUUAAUCCUGAUGACAGCAAAGACAAAACCGAUGAUUCCCAGCUACAGUUCUGUUCCUCUGAUGACAAUGACAGUAACUCUGAAAGUGUUGAGAAUAGUUGGGAGAGUGGUUCCAGCUCUUCAGAGGAAACCAAACUUCAGAGAGUCCCAAAGUAUAUUUUAGUAGACAAUAGAAAAGACCUAUUGGAAAUCCCUGAAAUAAAAAUGGAAGGGGACAAAUAUAUCAGUUGUGAAAGCAUAGGUGACUCUGAUACAGAAAGGAAAGACUCACAGAACACUCACAUGGAACCUUCCGAUGGCAAAGCCCAACCUUCAUUCCCUGAGAUGGAGGAAGAUGACAAGGGGUGCCUGACAGCCAUGAACGAAGAGUCUGUGGACCUAAAGAAGAAGGGGAACUUAAGUUUGCUGGAACAGGCAAUUGCUCUGCAGGCUGAGCGAGGCUGUGUUUUCCAUAACACCUACAAAGAACUGGACAGGUUCCUGCUGGAACACCUUGCCGGGGAGAGGAGGCAAACCAAAGUUAUUGACCUGGGAGGAAGACAAAUCUUUAAUAACAAACAUUCACCAAGGCCUGAAAAGAGAGAAACCAAAUGCCCCAUCCCUGGAUGUGAUGGCACGGGACAUGUGACAGGACUCUACCCCCACCACCGCAGUCUUUCAGGGUGCCCCCACAAAGUCCGGGUUCCCCUGGAAAUUCUUGCCAUGCAUGAAAAUGUACUUAAAUGUCCCACUCCGGGAUGCACUGGAAGGGGACACGUGAACAGCAACCGCAACACACACCGGAGUCUUUCUGGUUGUCCAAUUGCUGCAGCUGAAAAAUUGGCCAUGUCCCAGGACAAAAAUCAACUUGAUUCUCCCAAAACUGGGCAGUGUCCAGGACAGGUUCACAGGACAGGCUUGGUGAAACAAAUUGAAUUCAACUUCCGAUCUCAAACCAUCUCCUCUCCCCGAGCCAUGGUGUCAAAAGAACAAGAGAAAUUUGGAAAAGUGCCAUUUGACUAUGCCAGUUUUGAUGCCCAGGUUUUUGGUAAACGCCCCCUUGUGCAAACAGGGCAAGGAGAAAAAAACCCACCACUUUCUGAAUCAAAGCAUUUUUCCAACCCAGGGAAAUUUCCUAAUCAACUGCCGUGUGCAGGCGCCCACACACAGAGUCCUUGCCAUGCCAGCUCUUAUAGCUACGGUCAAUGUAGUGAAGACACCCACAUAGCAGCAGCUGCUGCUAUCCUGAACCUUUCCACCCGCUGCAGGGAAGCCGCAGACAUCCUCUCCAACAAACCGCAGAGCCUGCAUGCCAAGGGAGCCGAGAUAGAAGUGGAUGAAAAUGGCACAUUGGACUUAAGCAUGAAAAAAAAUCGAAUCCUGGACAAAGCUGCACCCCUAACUUCCUCUAACACUUCUAUUCCAACUCCAUCCUCCUCCCCAUUCAAAACAAGCAGCAUUUUGGUCAAUGCAGCAUUCUAUCAGGCUCUCUGUGAUCAAGAGGGCUGGGAUACUCCUAUCAACUAUAGCAAAACCCAUGGGAAGACAGAGGAGGAGAAAGAGAAAGACCCAGUGAUCUCUCUAGAAAAUUUAGAGGAAAAAAGAUUUCCUAGAGAGGCCUCCAUACCAAGCCCUAGACCUAAACUCCAUGGAAGAGAUCUCAAAAAAGAACUAAUUACCUGUCCAACACCUGGAUGUGAUGGAAGCGGCCAUGUCACAGGGAACUACGCAUCCCAUCGCAGUGUUUCUGGCUGUCCUUUAGCAGAUAAGACUCUUAAGUCCCUCAUGGCUGCUAACUCUCAGGAGCUUAAGUGUCCCACCCCAGGUUGUGACGGUUCUGGGCAUGUGACUGGAAACUAUGCUUCCCACAGAAGCUUGUCUGGCUGCCCUCGAGCCAGGAAAGGUGGUAUGAAAAUGACUCCCACAAAGGAAGAAAAAGAAGACCCUGAACUCAAGUGUCCUGUGGUAGGAUGUGAUGGCCAAGGUCACAUCUCAGGCAAAUACACAUCCCACCGCACAGCUUCUGGCUGUCCUUUAGCUGCCAAAAGACAAAAGGAAAAUCCUCUCAAUGGAAGCCCCAUCUCCUGGAAACUGAAUAAGCAAGAGCUUCCACACUGUCCCUUGCCAGGCUGCAAUGGACUGGGCCAUGUAAAUAAUGUUUUUGUCACUCACAGAAGCUUAUCUGGAUGUCCUCUAAAUGCACAAGCCAUCAAGAAGGGAAAGGUUUCAGAGGAGCUAAUGACUAUCAAGCUCAAAGCAACUGGAGGGUUAGAGAGUGAUGAAGAAAUUAGGCAUCUGGAUGAAGAAAUAAAGGAACUGAAUGAAUCCAACCUUAAAAUUGAAGCAGAUAUGAUGAAGCUUCAGACACAGAUCACAUCCAUGGAGAGCAACUUGAAGACAAUAGAGGAAGAGAACAAGCUGAUAGAACAGAACAAUGAGAGCCUGCUGAAGGAGUUGGCAGGUCUGAGUCAAGCUCUCAUUUCAAGCCUUGCUGACAUCCAGCUUCCACAGAUGGGGCCCAUCAGCGAGCAGAAUUUUGAAGCCUAUGUAAAUACACUCACAGACAUGUACAGCAAUCUGGAACGGGACUAUUCCCCGGAAUGCAAAGCUCUGCUGGAAAGUAUCAAGCAGGCAGUGAAGGGUAUCCAUGUGUAGGAGGACCCCAGCCCUGCCAGCAGCAGGAAUCACCAACAGCACCCAUGCAGGUGGAUCUGUGGAUCUGUAAGGCACUCCUGUGCUGCAGAGUCAUGUAGGUUGCCAUACUGCAUUUACAAUUGCAACGUUGCACUAAUUUUCCCCCUCGGCUGACAUAAAAAGGAAAAAAAAUAACUAGAGAGACUCUUUCAAAUUAAAAGUAUUGCAGUCAAAUAUUAGAUCUUAUUUAUUUUCAUACUUUUCCUUUCAUUUUUUCAUUGCACUCUUGGUUUCUUCCCCUUUUUUGUAAAGUAUAUGUAAAAUAAAUGUGAUGUUUUUAUAUUUUAUUUAUUUCUAAUCAAAGAAUUUUUAAUCUUUUAAUUGCAUUUUGAAGUCUGCCAUAUUUUUAAAGUGUUUAUUAAUUUAUUUUCCAAUAGAAUUUAAAUAGAAAUGUUAUUCUCAAAUCACAGAACUCACUGAGUUUAAAUGAGAAAAAACAAAGUGUGAAGGAAUUGGCUUGUUCUGAGACUAUACUGUGGUCCAUUGUGGUUUUUACUGCGCACUUAUUGCCACCCACCCUCCCCUCUUUACUGACCUUUCUAUUUAUA